AUGCCCUGGUUACCCUCUAAUUCUAUAUGUGUAAAUACAGAGGCGAUUUGCGCAACAUACACUACGUAACCAAGAUGCGAUAUUCAACCAUACUGUGGAUAGGAUGAUUCAAUUUUAAACUGUGACAUUUUCAUAUCUUGUUCAGAUUACACUAUACCAGUUGCUCAAUAAUGCUAUUCCAAACAUCCUACCUGUGAGGUAAGAGAUGUUACUGCAGAUGGAAAAAUUUAAUGCUAAAAUGAAACAAUCAUAUGCUCAAAUUAUAAUAAUGCUGAGGAUUGUAACUUUAGGUCUCCUAGUGACUCUACUAUAUGUUGGUUUAAAUUGAUACCUGCACUUAGAUUGAUGCUUCAAAAUGCUCAGUAAUCACAGAUCAAAACUUAUGCUAAGGCUUGUGUAAUGGACUUAGGCUGGAACUUGUGUUGCAUAUGACGACUUCUGACUCUUAUAAGACAGUAAUGACGAAGAUUACAUAGGUGUUGAUAUUUGCACUUGGAAUGUCACUUCUGCCAUAUGUGAAGAUGCUGUUGAUGUUAGUUCUUUAACAUCAUCAAAUUUUUAUGACAAAACAUCAGGCUAUUAUUAUUGGGAUGGAAAUGCUUGUUCAAAAUGCUCAGGAUCAAGCACUAAUGGAUACAUUAUGGCAUUCUUUGGAUUCAUAUUAAUAGAUAUGUUCUGA